AUGUCUUCAUCCUUCUCAGUCUCAUCACUGCACCUGAUCUUCAGGCCAGCAGCCAACCCUCUGCCUCCCUCAGGCCAGCCCCUGGCUUCAAGCAGUGCAGUCCCCCUCUUUGCUGUAAGUCUUCUCAUAAUUCUUGCAAAGCUCUCUGUGUUGCCAGUGCCUCCUGCGGCCCUGCAGGCCUAUGAUCACCUCUUCUCUGUCUACACAAUCUCUGACCAGGCAUAUGCAAAUAUGCCUAGGUUCUCUACCAAUGAUCCUCACGCUGCAGCACAUUUCCACAAUCUCAUUAUCAAUGAGAGAUGA